CUGCAAUGAUGAAAUCUCAAGCUGUUACUGAGCAAAACCGUCGCAGUAAGCGUCAAGCAGGUGUUGAUGCGAGUCCUGUCGGGUCAGAGGUUCAUAAGAAACAAAAGAAGAAUGCUCCGAAGGUUAAUGAAAGAGAAGAGAGUGCUGCUAAAGAAUCGACUGAGGAAGAGGCGCAAGACGUAGAAGUGGAUCAACAUUCACCAACUGAAGUUGAAGAACCCAUCCCUGCUUCUAGCAAUGGAGUGUCCAACACCGAUGACACUCAGACACAGCAAUCCGAGAUCAAAACGAGGAAGACAAGGGGUCUAACUAAAAUGCGCAGAGUGGCCAAAAAUGCAGAGGACAAGGUAGAUGUAGAGUUCAACUCCAUAGGUGAGCAUGUCGGUAGUGGAUCAGUGACACUCUCAUCCUUUCUUGGUCCUCUUGUGAGGGAGCAUGUGCCAGUAUUGCUAGAUGACUGGAGACACGUCGAAGAAACAACAAAAGACGCUUUAUGGGAAGAGAUUCAGGGGAGGUUCAACUUGACAGAGGAAUGGCAAAAAGAUGCAGUCUUUAAGCAGAUGGGUUGCUUGUGGAGGGCCUCGAAAUCUAGGCUGACUUCUAUAGUCCGUUCUAUUAAAAACAAGGCUCAGAUACAGAAAAUGAAGCCUAGCAACAUCCAAUCUUCUUCUGCUUGGAACAGUUGGGUGAAAGCUAGGUGCACCAAAGAUUUUAAGGUACAAAGUGAUAAAUACAGGAGACUUAGGAAGAUUCAAAUUCCGCACACAACAAGCCGAAAAGGCAUGAGUCGCCUAGCUCAUGAGAUGAAAAGAAACAGCGAUGAUCCUAAGAAAGUUACUAGAACUAAGGUUUGGGUAGCAGGACAUACGUAUUCAGAUGGGAGACCCGUGAAUGAAGCACACGCUGAAACUAUUGAAAAGAUUAAGACAAUUGACAGUGAAAUAGAUUCUAACUCCUCGGAUAACAUUGGUGAAGAUGCUGUGAGUCAAGUUCUCGGAAAAGAGAGACCAGGAAGAGUUAGGGGGAUGGGCAGAGGAGCCACUAUUACGAAGAUGGCUUACUUACAAGCUAGAGACAAACAUGUCCAGAAGCUUGAAGCUACUCAAGCGGAAUUAAUUACCAAGCUUGAAAAGUUGCAAAAUGUUGUUAUUGACUUAGCUGGCAAAAAGACACAUAAAGAUGAUGUUUCUAGUUCUGAAAGAAGCGAUGGUAGCAAGAGAGGAAUAAGGUGCCAGAUACUGGAUUGGAUUUCGACUGAUGAUGUGGUUGUAGGUGAAGGAGAAUACUACUCAAGUGAACCCACAUAUAAGAUUGGUCGAAUUCCUCUGGGUCCUAAUGCGGCCGCUGUAAUUGUCAACUCUGUAGCAGUCGAAGAUGCAUGUGUCUGGAGACCAACUACAAGUAUUGGAACACUUGCUGAAGCUGUAGGAGUUAAAAUUGCAUGGCCAUCCGACAAGUUAAUAUUGGACGAUGUUAUUGACUUCUCAAAACAUGCUAACACUGUCGGGUCAGAGACUAUGGAUGCAUCAGUAGGAAGGGUACAAAUAUUUGAUUACUGGAAUGUAGAAGAUGAGUUGAUUGCUGAGGGUGUACUGGUGUCAACUGAAGCUAACCAAUUGGUGAACGAUAUUCCGCUUGGACCGAAUGCUGCAGUUAUAAAAGUUGAAGUAGUUGUUAAAGAUUCUGCUUUCUUAUGGAGACCAGCGCCUGGAAUGUCAAACAUGGGUGAUGCACUACAUCAGAUCAUUGCUUGGCCAAUUGAUAGGGCACGACUAUCUGAUACAACUGCUGAAUCAACCAAGAAACCUAACGUGAGUACUAGUAACAGCACUGGUAGUAGCAACAAAGUUGGUAGACAGAAGUGUGCUCUCUUGGACUGUCAUAACUCUGGACAGACAGUAGCUUGGGGUCGUGUGUUUUCAACAGAUCCAGCAGACAAGGUUCAUUUCAUCCCUUUAGGUCCCAAUGCUUCUAAGGUCAUGGUAGAGGUUUCCAAGAUGGAUGAUGCACGAGUGUGGAGACCAAACUCUGAAAUUGAAGUCAUAGGUGAUGCAGUAGGGAGCACAGUGGCGUGGCCUACUGAUAAGGUUGUUUUCAUAUGAGUGAUGAGUUGUGAAAUUGAGAACUUUCAAUUGUCUUAGUACUUUGUCAUAAUUAUGAGUUUCAUGUAAUGUUGAACUUAAAAUGAGUGUAUCUUUAUUAUAAUAAAAUUUCUAUUUCUAAAUCUGAAAUUUAUGUUUCUAAAAAUAGUUAAAAAUAUUUAUAUAUAUAAAAUAUAUAUAAUUAUAAAUAACGAAACGAAGCUAAUUUAAAAGAGUAUAGAAACAGUAGCACUUAUAUAACUGCUAUGGUAAUAUUAACUAUGGCUUUUUAAAACCGCUAUUAAAUAAUAUUUGAUCGCGUUAAUAAAGCGCUAUUAUAUAAUAUAUAAUAGCAUUAAUAACCCGCUAUUGUAUAUCGGAAUACGAUAGCAGCGCGAAAAAGCGCUAUCUAAAGUCUUCGACCUAUUAUAACGGGCGAUGACAUAGCGCUUGCAAUAUCGCUAUGGUAUCUAUAGAUAGCGGUUUUCAGCCGCUAAGAAAACCCUUUUUUCUUGU